AUGUAAACUUGCAAAACAAGACGUGAUGCACUUUGUAAAGUUUUCGAAGCAGUAAGCAAGCCACUACCUGCUUAUGGUGGAGCUGCCAUCAGCCACUUGACUGAUGCUAGAGAAUCUGGAAAGUACGUAGUCAAGAUUGUGAAAGAGCAAUUUGAUCUUAAGAGAAUCUAGAAACUAGGAUUCUAAAGUUAAUAUCUAGUCGAUAAGCAAAGAAAUGAAGUUUCGAGACUCACCUCAGUUCCACUGGAUGCAGCUGCUAGUAGCUUGCUAUGUCUAACUCAGUCACCUACAAACGACUCAUUACAAGUGAGGUUUAGAAAGGGUGAGAAGAAUGAUAAGGAUAUAUUUGUUGAAGUUUGGGAUGAUUCAGUUAGAGGAUUUAUUAGUAGUAGAAAGAUCACAGAUAAGUGUACAAGGAUUUACAAUGAUGCCAUUUUUGGCGGUAUAUCUUGGUCUAGAGACAAUAAUAGAAUUACUUUUAUCGGUGAGAAGCCAGAGCCUGCUGCAUAUAAGAACUACUGGGAAGAUGAACAACCAAUUGCAGCAGCUAAAGUCGAGGAAGAAAAGAAAUAGGAAGAACAAAAAGAAGAAAAGAAAAAAGAAGAUACUUUCUUAGACUAGAAAUAUCUACUUUAGGAAGAUUUCGGAGAAACUCUUGUUGGAAAGAAAAUUCCAGUAAUCUUUAUAUUCAACAUUAAGGAGAACACGUUUGAGGAAGUUUAAGGAAUAGAAUCAGGUCUUUACCCAGCAUAUCCUAUGUUCGAUGAACAAUCAAAAGGUAUUGUAUUUGUGGGAUAUAGACUUCCAACUAAGAAAAUUGGAAUGAAUUUCUGCUUGAACAAAGAUACUAAACUUUAUUACAUCAAAGAAAUCAUAGCUGAUAAGGCUAAACUUGAUAGUAAACCUGUGGGUUAUGUUACUUGCUUAAACUCUACUGAGUUUGCUUCAUUUAUGCCUAAAUUCUCUAGAGAUUACUCAAGAAUUUUAUACUUCGGAGCAAAAGAAAAGUUCUUAUCCCAUAGUGGAAAUUAUUAGUUAAGAUUCCUAAAUUGGCCGGUAGCUGAAGGAGUAGAGUCUACUCUCGUCUUAGACAAACGAGGAGAGUACCCUAGUGAAACUGACGAGUAUGCUGGUCUUUUUGGCUACAAUUAAAGUUACAUUCAUGCUGGAUUUCUAGGUGAUUCCUAAAGAUACGCUAUUUUCUAAUCAACUUUAUGCGGUUAGGAGAGAAUUUAUCUAGCUGAUUUAGAUGAAAAGAAGGUUAGAUGGCUGAACUUUUUGGGGAAAGAUCAUGAAAAUAGAAUGAAUGGAGAAUAUGAGUUUAUGAGAGUACUAGAUGACCACCUAGUAGUUAAGCACAGUCAAUGCGAUAUGCCACCUCAUAUUUAUUCAGUCUUAUUCAAGAAUAUACAUACUGAAUCACUAGACCAAUUAGUAGACUUAAACAACUUACAGAUAAAUCUUUUAGAAAAGGUUACAUUUGAAGAAAGUAGAUCUGAAUUAGAGGGAUAAAUUGGAAAAUUUAUCCAGAAUAUCUCAAGAGAAACUAUUAGACUUGAAAACGGUGCUGAGGGAUAUUUCAUCAGAAAUAACUAGCUACCUUAAGAUACCAAGCAUCCAUUAGUAGUAAUGGUACAUGGAGGUCCAUUUGGUUGUUACCCACAAGAUAUGUUCUCUAGAAUGAGAAUAUAAUUAAUUCUCUAAGGGUAUUAGCUACUAGUUAUCAAUUUUAGAGGUUCAACAGGGUACGGAGAAGACUUUUUAAACUCUCUUCUUGGUCAUAUCAGCGAAUAUGAUAGAGAAGAUUGUGGAAAUCUUACCAAGUUAGCUUUAGACAAAUAUAAGGAUUAGAUUGAUCCAGAGAGAGUUGGGAUCUUUGGUGGAUCACAUGGAGGUUACUUGACAGGUUGGCUGAUUGGCCAUCCUGAUACCAAGGAUAUCUUCAAAGCCGCUGUUCUUUGGAAUCCUGUUAUUAACAUGUCUUAUAUGGUAGCCUAAACUGAUAUUCCAGAUUGGAUUUACAACUGUUCACUUAAUUAAGAGCAUAGAUAUGAGCUGACCUCAGAAGAAAAUAAAGAAUUCUUUGACAAGUCACCAAUAUCAGUUGUAAAUAAUGUCUAAGCUGCAGCUCUGCUUUUAAUUGGGCAUUAAGAUUUCAGAGUUCCACCUAAUCAAGCUUACCAUUACUAUCAUAUCCUUAAGUCUCAAGGAAAGAAGGUCAAGCUUUAUAAAUAUCCUGAGGAUGGCCAUGCUAUUCUAGGAACUGAGACAGGCUUAGAUGCUGAACUCAAUAUUUACUUCUGGUUUGAUGAAAUAUUUUAAGAUGUUGUUACCAAAAGAUAAUAGCAAUAACAGUAACAGCAGGAUUAGGAAUAACAAGAAUAAACUUAAGUAGAGUCUAAGCAAGAAGAAUAAUAGCAGUGA